AUGGUGAGGAGAGGGCAAGCUGGCACCAUGGGCAUCUCCGUCUUCCCGUGCCUCUUCGUUAUUCUGCUCACUGGGGGCUCCCUGGCAGGGUGUGCUGGAGACGGUGGCUCUGCAUCCCACAGCACAGCCAGCACUGCAGAGAAACCUAUCCUGUUGAACAACAUCACGGACGCCGAAGCCUUCAUCAGCAGUGCGGAGGUGGUGGUCGUUGGAUUCUUCCAGUCUUGCCAAGUGUCACUUCAGGUAGACAAUGACCGGAGGGAUCUGGAUAUGAACAGCAAAGAUGUUGAUGCCGAGAAGAUGACUCGUUUCGUUCGGAUGAACGAGCUCCGCCUGGUGACAGAGUACAACCCUGUGACAGCAAUAGGUGUGAUGCAGAGUUCACUCCAGCUUCACCUCCUCCUGAUCACAGACAAGAUGUCCCCAAAGCACCCCAAGCGAAUGCGCAAAUACCGGGCGGCAGCCGAGCUCUUCAAGGGGAAGAUUCUCUUUAUCCUGGUAGACAGCAAUUUGAACAGCAAUGAACGACUAGUGUCAUUCUUCAAACUGAAGAAGUCCCAGCUGCCAGCUCUGGCUAUAUUCCACACACCAGAUGAGGAGCAGGAUGUUUUGACCCUGGAUGAAGUCUCUGUCGAGCGUGUACAGGACUUCUGUAAUCGUUUCUUACAAAGAAUGCAGAAGAAAGAAGAUGAACCUGAGGAGAAGGCCCUCAAUGAGGAACUCUGAUUCUGUCUCAGCCAACAGGAUCACUGUGC